CUCCAACUCCAUCUCCAUCUAUCUAUUUGUUUGUCAGCACAGCACAGCUCAACUGAUGCUCAUCAGAUUCAAACCGGAAUCACCUCCUCUGUGUCCCCCUCCCUCCCUCCCUCCCGUACCUUGAAAACAAAGCCCCACUCCACUCCACUCUCCCGUGCUCUUUCCUCCUAAUUCUCGCAUUGCGCUUCCACUUUAUACUUCUCUCUUACCUUUGCAAAUAAUUAAUAUGAAAAUGGUGGACAGCAGCGAAGAAGAAGAUGACUUCCCUUCCAUGGAAAAUGUCACUCCGCAAUCCAAGAUCGACACUCUCUAUCAGUCCAAAACCGAAAAGGGAAUCAGAAAGAUCUGUUUUGAGCUUCUGGAUUUGAAGGAUGCCGUUGAGAACUUGUGCAGCAACACACGCACAAAGUAUUUGGCUUUUUUGAGGCUAUCAGAUGAAGUAGUUGAAAUGAAGCAUGAGUUAAAUGAGCUUGACAAUCUUAUUUCCAAUCAUAAGAAUCUUGUGCGGGAUCUGAUGAGUGGCGUAUUUCAAGAAUUGGAAGAAUGGAAGCAGGCUGGUGGUGUUGCCCUGGAAGCUGGUGGUGAUUCUGAUGCUUACGCACUUGAAAAUAUUUUCUCAUCUGAAGUAGAGGAUCAAAGAGUGCAAUUUUUGGAGCAUGUUGAUGUUCUUCUGGCAGAACAUAAAAUUGAAGAAGCUAUAGAUGCAAUUGAUGCUGAAGAGCGAAAUCAUCCAGAGCUGAAAGGAUCAGGGGACAAAGCAGCUGAUGAAGGCUCCUCCUUUAAGGCUGCUUUAUUGAAGAGAAAAUCAAUGCUUGAGAACCAGCUCCUUGAAAUCAGUCAGCAGCCCUUAGUUGGUAUUUUGGAGCUGAAGAAGGUGUUAUCUGGUUUGCUGAAGCUUGGGAAAGGUCCUUCUGCACACCAUAUAUUUCUGAAAUCUUAUGGAUCACGCCUGCAGAGGAGCAUAGAAGAUUUUCUUACUUUAUGUCCUUGCUAUCCUGAAACAUAUCCAGCUACAUUAUCUAACCUUGUCUUCUCAAUGAUUUCAUUGGCAACUAAAGAAUCUGGCCUGAUGUUUGGUGACAAUCCUAUUUAUAGUAGUAAAGUCGUGCAGUGGGCGGAGUGGGAAAUAGAAUCACUGGUCAGGUUGGUUAAGGAAAAUGCACUGCCUUCUGAGACGUCUUCUGCCUUACGUGCAGCAAGCGUAUGCGUUCAGGCCAGUCUAAACCAUUGCUCCGCCUUGGAAGUGCAGGAUUUGAAACUAACGAAGUUGCUUCUGGUGCUUUUGCAACCUUAUGUGGAGGAAGUUCUGGAAUUAAAUUUCCAAAGGGCCAGAAGAGUGGUUCUUGAUUUGAAUGGAGGUGAUGAGAAGAUUCCUUUAUCUCCUCGCUUUGCAUCUCCUCUUUCUACUUUUGCAGCUUCAUCUGAUCGCGUACUUGUUGAUUGUGGAAUGAGAUUUAUCUUUGUUGUCAAGGAAAUAGUGGAGCAGCUAACUCGCCUGGUUAUCGUGCAUUUUGGAGGGAAUAUAUUGACAAGAAUUUCACAGCUUUUUGAUAAGUAUGUUGAAGUCUUGAUAAAGGCCUUACCUGGCCCCACUGAAGAUGACAAUUUGACAGAACUAAAGGACUCUAUACCUUUCAAAGCUGAGUCAGAUUCCCAGCAGCUUGCAUUAUUGGGAUCUGCCUUUACUAUUGCUGAAGAAUUGUUGCCUAUGUUGGUGUCACGGAUUUGGAAUGUUUUGAAUGAAAGCAAAGAGGCAGGAAGUGGACUUGCUGAUAGUGUCUUGCCUCCUAUAAAUAGUUCUAUUGACCUUAAAGAUUGGAGACGGCAAAUUCAGCAUUCUCUUGACAAACUCAGAGAUCAUUUCUGUCGGCAAUAUGUUCUGAGUUAUAUUUAUUCAAGAGAUGGAGAGAGCCGAUUAGACGCUCACAUAUAUUUAGGUGGAAAAGGAAAAGAUUUGAUCCACAACCCUGAUCCUCUCCCUUCAUUGCCAUUCCAGGCACUAUUUGGGAAGCUGCAGCAACUGGCAGUUGUUGCUGGAGACCUUUUGCUAGGAAGAGAUAAAAUACAGAAGGUUUUGCUAGCUAGGCUGACAGAGACAGUAGUGAUAUGGCUGUCAGAUGAGGAGGAAUUUUGGGGUGUUCUGGAGCACAAUUCAGCUCCUCUUUGGCCAGUUGGAUUGCAGCAGCUGGUACUCGACAUGCACUUCACUGUUGAAAUUGCCCGGUUUGCUGGCUAUCCAUCUAGGAACAUGCACAAGAUAUCCUCUGAAAUAAUUGCUCGAGCAGUCAAAGCGUUCUCGGCUAGGGGAGUAGACCCACAAAGUGCACUUCCUGAGGAUGAAUGGUUUGUGGAGACUGCAAAAGGGGCAAUUAAUAAGCUUCUGAUGGGGGGUUCCGGGUCGGAUCCAUCAGAGGUUGAUGAUGAGGAAGAUGAUGAUGAGCACAUAAUCAUGGAUGAUGAAGUUAUCUCAGAUUCUGAUGAUUCUCCUUCAUCCCUCUCUUCAGUUGAAAGUGAGGAGUCAUUUGCUUCUGCCAGAAUGGAAGAACUGGAUAGCCCCGUUUUAACUGAUUCUGAGAAUUGAGGCUGGCAUUCAAUUAGUUAAAUUGGUAUUACAGGAAAAUAUUGUAGCUUGAUGCCCAUGCCCUGAAUGCAAAAUUAAUGAAUACUGAAGUUAACUAUGUGCAGCAGCAAUGAUUAGAAGUUAUAUUAAAAGGAAAUACCAUGCACAAUUUAUUAUAUUUCAA